AUGCAACGGCUGAAGGACGAUGCUUUUGGCGGCGCCUCCGGCCUUCCUGUGCCGGUGCCAGUGCUAGCAUGGGAUCCCAGCAGUUCGCAGUCACAGAACUUCCCAGCCCACCUGGUGAAGUCGAUUCGUCGUGGAGCAGCUCCCUUCCGCUCGGAUCUCCAUGGCUACAGCUGUGCCACAGCACGAAAACUCAUGUUGGAGGCCUUCGCAGCCGAGUUGCCUCAGCCUGUGAUUUACACCUUCGUGUUGGGCUGCGGUCAGCAUUCCUUGAAACAAUACCGUGUAGCGCUUCGAAAGGCCUGUCAUGAGGGCCUGAGGGAAGCCGGCCUUUCAGAAGAUCGCCAUGCAUCAGAUGGAGCCAUUGGCAAGUUUAAAUCCAUUGAUGACAAGGACCAUGGCAUGCACAUGAUCCGGGUCUUCCCCAAGCGAUCCGCGGACCAGUCCACGCAGCUAGCGGAAGCAACGGAAAAAUCGAUGGAUGAAGAUCUGGCAGAGGUUCAAGUGGACAAUGCGCGAGCCAUGGGAUGUUAUGUAGAUCAUUAUUCAAUGCUUGGGCUGUGUGAGUUUCUAAGCACCUUGUUGCCCAUUCUUCAAGCUGGUCUCAAUGGCAAGAAGUUGUUGAGUGAUGGUUCUGAACCAGAAGUACUGCAGCUUCGAGCCUUUGAGUCCCUGGAAGAGUUGCAGGGAAUUUGGAGUCGAGGUUUCAAGGCAUUGAGAGCCAUGCUUUUUGAAACCUCAGAGACGAUCAGCUCAGAGACGAAGUCUGCAUUUCUGGCCCUCAUGGACUUGGUGGAACUGCAGUCAAAAUGUGCCGCAGCAUCUAACAUGCGACAGAUGAUUCAGGCCUUUGCAGUUGAUGGCAGAAAUCCAUUUGCAAAAGGUCUGGCUGAGAAGGAACGUGAACUGGAGAAGAUUACUGACCUGCUUCAUCGCUGGGAGUCGGGCAAGUACACCUUUAAGAACGUGGGCGACCAAAAGGACAAGCAGCGUCGCGCGGAUGAGCUGAACGCGCAGUUGGCCGAGAUGAAGCAGCAACUCCACAGUGCAGCGCGUUGGAAGACGGGGGUAGCACCACCACAGGCAGCCAGUCGGAUGGAAGAGUGGGAUUUGUUUCAUGAUUUUGCCUACGGCCCGAAAACCGGCAAGGAGAAUGAAUGGACGUCUCCUGUCCGCGGAGGAUAUGGUUCUCCUGGCAGUUUGUCCCCGUGGAUAGGUGGGACUGAGAAGAUUGCUGACAAGGCGUGGAUGAAUAUAUCCCCAAGUGCAGCAAGUACCACGGUGCCGUGGGAGGUCACCAUGAGCGACGCUUUUGGCCUAGGGCAGAGUCCCCAGAGUCCGAGAACGGGAGCCGUCCCUGGCCGAGUGGAUUCGCCGCGGCUGCGAGAGCUCCAGCCAAACUCCGACUGGCUGAGUUUCUACCAUAGUUGGAUGGAAGAUCAAGAAAGUUUUCAGCUUGGCACCGAAUCACAAGAGAAGUUGUUGAAAGCUGCUAAAUGGGCUGCAAAGCAAAUCGGUCCUGGCCAUGAAGCCGUUGAGGCAGCAAAGCGACAGCUUCAGCAUUUGCGUUCGCGACAACAUCAGAUGCGUUUCAAGUCCAAUCUUCGGUGGCACAAGGCAAACCUUGCCUUUGAACUGCAGCAACUGGCUCACAUGGAAGUGUACAAGGAUGAGUCCUUCAAGGCUUCGGUGAGCGCUGCGGAGGUGGAUUUAGGACCUGCUCAUGAGGUCGUGGCCAACGCACGUCGCAUGGCGCAGAUGCUGAAGAUGCAGAAAGUGGAGAAAGCACGGAAAGCCCGCGAGGCGGCGCAAGAUCUGCAGCUGCGUGCAGCAGCCGAAAGCAAAGACUUGCACGUCCUGGCUGGGAGCAUUCAGGCUGCGGCUCAGAAGCUGGGUCCAGCACACGACAUCGUGGAAAGAGGUCGUCAGGAAUUCUUGCAGCAGCGGCGAGAGUUGCAACGAAGGCAGUGGGAGGAAUGCGUUCGUUUGCAGCAAGCUUUGAUGGUUGAAGCUUGCGAAUCGCAGGAUCCAGAGCUAAUUGAAGCUCGGAUCCUGGCCGCUGCGCAUAGUCCUUUGGGCCAAGGUCAUGAGAUCGUGCUCUACGGCAAGCGCUACCUGUUGUGGCUCCGGCGGGCGAUGCAACGCAACGCUCUGGAAGCACGUCAGUGUCGGGCUGUGAAGGUUCUUCAGGAAGCCUCCAGGGAAGCCACCCAAGCAGACCUUCGAAGUCUGGAAAGGCACAGAGGUGUCCGAUAG